CAGAACAACUGUCUGAACUCUAAAUCUAGCAAACAAAACCAACCUUAUAAAUAUCACACACACCAUACUCUUCAAAGUCUCAUAUCUCACAUUUCACACCUUUCUUUUCUUCUUUUCAUUUUAACCCUUUUCUCCAUUCAUCAUCAUAUCCAUAUUCUGACACCCUUUCAAACCAGAAAACAUUAUAUAGUACUGAUAUAUAUUUGUGGCACAGUGAUGAUGAAGAGAGAAAGAGAAGUUGAUAGCGUAACCAUGGCCAACUACUUGAUGUUGCUUUCUGCAGGAGGUGAAUUUGAGAGCACGAACUACUUGAACUACUCUUCCAACCACCGUGUGUUUGAGUGCAAGACGUGUAAGAGGCAGUUUCCGUCGUUUCAAGCUUUGGGAGGGCACCGUGCGAGUCACAAGAAACCUAGGUUGAUGGUCGGAGAGAGUGAGCAUAACCAAGUUCUUCAUGGUUCACCACCAAAACCUAAGACUCAUGAGUGUUCUGUCUGUGGUUUGGAGUUUGCGAUAGGGCAAGCUUUGGGAGGACACAUGAGACGCCAUAGAACAUCAUCAAAUGGAAACACGAACAAUGCUACUGCUACCACUGUUCAUAAUACUUCUUCACCGAAAAUGAACCACAAGGGUAGCAGCAACGAGAGAGUUCUGUUUCCUGAUCUGAAUUUGACGCCAUUAGAGAAUGAUUUGGAGUUUUUGAAGAUCAGACAACCAGCUCCUUUGGUUCACUGCUUCAAUUGAAUAUGUUCUUGUAGUGUAGGACACUGCUUUUUGGCUCCCUUUUUCAUUUUUAUUUUACUGUAUGUAAAUUAUAUUUGUUCAGUUCUUGGUAUAUACAUACAUAUAUAUCAAUAAGAAAUUCAUGUUUGUGAAAACAAAGAACAAGUGUCCGCGUAAUUCGUGAAUCAAUUCUGCUAAAAUAGUUUAACUGAAGGCAUGUUUCAUCAUGGUUUAUCAUUAA